CUGUGGCUCCCUCCUUGCUCCUGAGGUCAUGGUGAGAAAUGUUGCGGAAGACUGGCCCAGGCUCCUUUUUGAUGUGCCUAGCUACCUGGAGCAUCCCUUGGCUAUUCGUCUUGGAACUCUGGCUCAUUUUGUUUUGCCCCAGCUGUCUCUCCCACUCGCCUGGCCCACGCCACCACCACCACGCCCUAGUCAUCCAGGUGCCAUAGGUCCCAAAGCCCAGGACCCGCCGCACUUCUCAAACUGUGCCUUUCGUAGGAAAGUGUCUCGGUGAAGAAACCCCUCCAGCCUCUUCUACUCUUUACCGGCGGCGCGCCGCUUCUUUCCAAGGAGACCUCGCUUGGGGACAGUGGUGGCAUUACUCCGGCCCCCAGCCAGGCGGUCUUAGGGGCGGGGCUUGGAGAACCUUCUGAGAACCCUUGCCUCCCUGCAGGUCCUGAGAGCGCUCUGGUGAGCCAGCGCGAGCAGGCAAGCUAAUAGGCACAAUCUAGCAGCAGGUUGGAUGGAUGGAUACGGUUGGAUGGGUACCUAGGUGCUGAACUGAAUCCUCCAGAGGCUGAACUGAAUCCUCCAGGCUGUGCCCCUUCUGCCUUGGUUCAGUUCUCUGCUCACUUGAGAGGCCACACUGAUGAGAAUUCCUCAGGAGAAGCUGCUGACUGUGUGAUGUGCCACCCCAGAGUGGCUACUCCCCUGCCUGGGGGACUGUGAAAGGAGCCUCGGUGGAAACUGCUGUUCCUUGACUUUUCACACACCAGGAAUUGGAUAGCAGACUCAGUGCUGGGGUGCUUGUCUAAGUUUCUCAGCACCUAUGUUGAUGAUUGCAUUCCAGCCAAUCAAGAGUGAAGUUCAAAGAGAUACUUCUGGACUCUCUAUUCCAGACUGCCAAGUUAAGUCUAGAAGAGAGGCGGCUCCUGUUCUGACUUGUUGGUCUUCAUUCAGGAACUCGACUUAACACUGUCCACCUGACUGAUCCUUGGACAGCAGGGGCUCUGUUGGGGAUGGAUGGGGAAGAGCUCUGAACUCCAGACCAUAAGAGAUUCUCCACAAUGGACAGAGUUUAUGAAAUUCCCGAGGAGCCAAAUGUGGUUCCAGUUUCCUCACUGGGAGAAGAUGUCAUCCGUGGGCCUAACCCACGCUUUACCUUUCCAUUUAGUAUCCUCUUCUCCACCUUUCUGUACUGUGGGGAGGCUGCGUCUGCCUUGUAUAUGGUUAGGAUUUAUCGAAAGAAUAAUGAAACUUUCUGGAUGACAUACACCUUUUCCUUCUUCAUGUUUUCAUCCAUUAUGGUUCAGUUGACCCUCAUUUUUGUCCACAGAGACCUGGCCAAAGACAGACCACUGUCAUUAUUUAUGCAUCUAAUCCUCUUGGGACCUGUUAUCAGAUGUUUGGAGGCCAUGAUUAAGUACCUUACACUGUGGAAGAAAGAGGGGCAAGAGGAGCCCUAUGUCAGCCUCACUCGAAAGAAGAUGCUUAUAAAUGGCCAGGAGGUGCUGAUAGAAUGGGAGGUGGGCCACUCCAUCCGGACCCUGGCUAUGCACCGUAAUGCCUACAAACGCAUGUCACAGAUUCAAGCCUUCUUGGGCUCAGUGCCCCAGCUAACCUAUCAACUUUAUGUGACUCUGAUCUCUGCAGAGGUCCCCCUGGGUAGAGCUGUCCUAAUAGUUUUUUCCCUGAUAUCUGUCACCUAUGGAGCUACACUCUGCAAUAUGUUGGCUAUCCAGAUCAAGUACGAUGACUACAAGAUUCGGCUUGGGCCACUGGAAGUACUUUGUAUCACCAUCUGGAGGACAUUGGAGAUCACUUCCCGCCUUGUGAUUCUGGUGCUCUUCUCGGCCACCUUGAAGUUGAAGGCUGUGCCCUUCUUAGUGCUCAACUUCUUGAUCAUCCUCUUUGAGCCCUGGGUUAAGUUCUGGAGGAGUGGUGCCCAAAUGCCAAACAAUAUUGAGAAGAAUUUCAGCCGGGUUGGCACUCUGGUGGUACUGAUUUCUGUCACCAUCCUCUACGCUGGCAUCAACUUCUCUUGCUGGUCAGCCAUGCAGUUGAAAUUGGCAGACAGAGACCUUGUUGACAAAGGUCAGAACUGGGGACAUAUGGGACUGCACUAUAGUGUGAGAUUGGUAGAAAAUGUGAUCAUGGUCUUGGUUUUUAAGUUCCUUGGAGUCAAAGUGUUACUGAAUUACUGCCAUUCCUUGAUUGCUGUGCAGCUUAUCAUUGCUUAUCUGAUUUCCAUUGGAUUCAUGCUCCUCUUCUUCCAGUACCUGCACCCAUUGCGCUCACUUUUCACUCAUAAUGUGAUAGACUACCUCCAUUGUAUUUGCUGCCGCAGACACCAUCAGGAAAGGGCUGAGACCUCAGAGGCAUCAUGUGAGGCUGAAACAAGACAAAGUAUUGUCUGAUUUUUUUUCUUCUGAACAUUAUAGGGUGGGUUUGGGGUUGACAAGAGCAACUGUGAAAUUGAAGGAGAGGAUGUACUACCAGGAUCAUUUUCUUGACUCUUCUAGUAAGCCUAUCAAAAGAAAGACUGACCUCUGAAUAGGUUUUACUUCUUUAUGAUUAACUGCUAUGUUUGGGUACCAGCACUAGACACUGUUAUUUAGUUCAUCCUCCUCCUAACCAAGUCAGUUGGAAUAACUUCCAGGUGCCUCACUGAGGCUCUGAAUUCCAGCUUUGCUCAAUUGUUUGAAUUAUUGUUGAGUUUCCCUGGGCUGAUUUGCACUCUACCAUGGCAUGUCUGGACUGAUCAGAGGAUGUGACAGCUUACUAGCAAUGAGAACCUCCCAGAAAACAGUCUGACUCUUGUGGUACCUUUACCUGAGAGAGUAGAUGGGAUAUUUUCUCUAAGGAGAAACUGUGGCUAAGAAGGCCCCAUUGUUAAAGAAAGCUACUCCCCAGAUGAGUUAGUAGUCCAUUAGUAUUUUACUAGUGCUCAUUCAGCAAAGACUUCUCUUUUUAGAAGCUUUCAUAGGCACCCCUUUAUAGAAGGGUGUGCAGAAUAGGAUUCCUUCAGGGAAUAUUCAGAAUGGCAUAUUUUUCAAGGCAGGAUCUCAUGUAUCUCAGGCUGGGCUCAAAGUCACUAUGUAACUAAGAACUAUGUAGCUUGAACUCCUGAUUUUUCUUCCUUUACCUUCUGAGUGC